AUGACUUCUCACCAUCCAGCUUUACGACUCACGCCCUCCAAUUCGCCCUUCUUCAAAUCUCCCACUCCACGAUCUCCUAUCAAAAACGGGCGACAAGAAGAGCCUGGUCUGCGUCUCAGAAAGGUCAUUGGCACGACAACUGCUUCUGCUACCGGCUUCUCGGCUGCUGCAGGCAGAUUCGCAGUGACUGCAGGUGCUGCAGCCGUGGUUGCGACGGUGGACAAGGACCUGAAUAUCACUCAGCACUUCUUCCGCGCCAACCCAAGUUCUGCUUAUGGAGCUAGAGAUCUGCAUAGCGCCCGGCCGGGCACACCGACCCCGAACGAACCGCGACAUCGAACAGUAGGACACCUUAAGGAUCCAAACACCAAUUCCUCUCCCAGCAACUCUACAACUCGAGAUUGGGCCGAUUCGCCUGGUAAGACAACGUCCGCGAGGGAUCGCGUCAAGGCUGCGUCGUCUGUGUCGCUGAGCCCGAACGGUAAAUGGCUUGCCGUGGGAGAGACUGGGUACAGACCGCGGAUCUUGGUCUUCUCCUUGAAGGAUGGCUCGUCCGAAACGCCCGUCUCAAUAGUGGUAGAGCAUACUUUCGGCGUACAUGCACUUAGCUUCAGCCCGGAUUCGAAGUCCUUGGCAUCAUUAGGCACCGUCAAUGAUGGCUUUAUCUAUGUGUGGAACAUCGACGAUCGGACAGGCACAGCGACACUAUCUGCCAGCAAUAAAUGCACUACACUGGUGCACGAUAUGGCAUGGAUGGGUCGAUGCAUUGUCACGGUGGGCCUGCGGUUCGUCAAAGUUUGGAGACCGGACGAGUAUGGCGAUAGCCGCGUGUCUGAAGCGCCUCGUGCCUUUACACUGACGACUCCGAGGCACAAAGAGAACAGACUCUCCGACUUUGGAAAUAGCAUACUGACUCCUAGACACCGCACACUGGCCGGGAAAAAUUGUCUCCUUGGAGACUUACUAGAAGGGAUUUUCACCUCUGUGAUGGGCUACUCUGAUUCCAAAGCCGUGAUAUGUGCAGAAACUGGCGAAAUCGCUCUCCUGGACGACAGCGAGAAGAUGCAAUCCCUUACUCUCGCCGCGAAUGCAGGCAUUCGAAUCACCGCGGCACGGCUGGAUACGAACGGAAUGCUCCAUGCUGCGGGGAGUGACGGCGAUGUUGCCUCGUUUCUCCUCGCGGAUCUGAAAAGACUGGCGGCGACGACAGCGAAGAUUAGGCGUCAAUCUGAAUCACCAGCAAAGACGUCUCAGCCUGGUGCGAUAACGACGACAGCGUUCGCUGCUGUGGGCGAUGCCCUGGUAGAAGUCGAUUCAAACCGAGUCAUCAGGAUCUCCGCGGCAACAUCAGAUAUGAAGAGCUCUCACACACGCGCGACACGUCAAAUGACGGCACAUGAAGGCGCUGUCCUUGGGGUACAAGCCGUAUGCUCUACCGCACAUCCGGCUGCUGCUUUCCUAUCCUUCUCAAGCGAUGGAAAAGUUCACUUUUGGAAUGACCAUGGUGUGUCUAUAGUGGACGGGCUUGCAGUGUCUGUUCAAGACUCGCCAGAGAUGUAUGGACUGCAAAACGAGCUAAAGGCUGUUGCUAUGCUGUCAGGGGGAGCUGUGCUAGUCUCGGGCGAUCGAUACGGUACGCUGGUACUCACAGACCUCGCCACGAGGCGUGUACUUCAUCGCAUUCGAGGGCACUCGGCAGAAGUAUUGGAUCUGCUUUCAUUCGAACGUGGCGGGAGUCAAUAUCUCGUUUCUGCGAGUCGCGAUCGAACUGUACAAUUAUUCUGUUGCAGAGGUGGCAAGCUGGAAUUGCUGCAGACAAUGGACGAGCAUGCGGGUGCAGUUACUGGGCUGCUACUGUCAUGCGACGGCGAAAAUCUCAUGUCCUGCUCCGCAGACCGCUCGAUUGUGGUCCGAGAGUGCAUCUUUCGGAGCCCAGAAGAUCCCACUACUUUGGCCUUUGCUAUGGUACGGGCUAUCACGUUGAAGUCAUCUCCAAGCAGCAUGUGUCUUACCGCCCAGGAAGACAUGAUCUUGGUCUCGACCGUGGGCGAUCGAUGCAUAUCGAAACACAGCAUUAGGAACGGCCAAUCAGGCUUCAGCUUCAAAUGCUCAGACAACGAUGGAGGAGACGCAGUCGUUAUGUCCAAAAUAUUAUACGCUCCUUCGCUCAACGGCAACCCGACCAUUGCAGGCGUAUCAAGCAGUGAUAAGUCAGUGCGAUUGUAUUCUGAAUACGGAAGCUUGAUGGCCAGAGACUGGGGUCAUACAGAGGGAAUUACCGACGCAGCUUUCGUACCGGCUCCGAGCAUGGGACGCAAUUCGCCGUCCUUUACGCCACAGCUCGUGACCGUAGCAGCGGAUUCAACUAUCUUCCUCUGGGACAAUGCCGUGUCUCGAGCUGGGAUAGCAGGCAAAGCGGAGGCAAGUAUCGACGGUGCAGACGCAAAGGCUACAACAAAUGCCCCUCUGCUCCAUCCGCCUCUGCGUAAGGUCAUUUCAUACAGCGAGAUGUCCCGUUUCCGCAAUCGCCCUGCAGAGGAGGUAGAUUCUCCUUCCCCACCUGCCGCAGGGGCUGCAAGUCAGCCGUCGUCACCGCAAAAGCUCCGCAAAAAGACAUCGAGGACAUCACUGGCGCAGGCACCCCGACUGGAGCCAAUGUUUCGUUCAAAUUUUGAGUCAUCGCGCCGACGAAGCGUUUUUCAGCGCUCACCUUCACCGCCUAGUCCACGACAUACUGGGAGGAAAGAUCGCAAGCCUUCUCUAGGAAUGUCUCUGCGCUCCGAAAGCAGCGAGAAUAUCUUAAAUACUGGUGGAUCUACAAGUGGACAUGCAACUGGCUUUGGAAGCUUGACCGCCUCCACAGAAUCAGUAUGCCGAACUCUCCGUGCCUACCGCAAGAAGCUGGCAUCAUCUUCAUCCUCGGAAAGAAUCACGCCAGAUGCGCUCAAGGAGCUGGAGAGGGAGCUAAAACUGACGGCUAGGGCAGUCGGAGAGAAGUCCCAUGGCAAGAGUCUGGACGAGGCCACAAUGGCUCGACUGCUGGAUCAAGCAUCUGACAGGAUUGUCGGGCUCCUGAACUCGAAGAUCAAGGCGCAUGUGGAAGACGAAUUCCGUCGGAAUGGCGACCGAUCGCCAUCGCCCAGCGCACAUGCGGAACACCAGUUGGAGCACAUUCAGGAGCACGUUGAACGAUCCGACACUUCGCCUGGAGCAUGGGAGUCUCCAAAUCUAGACCGUCCGUGA